AUUAUGGCUCCAUCAGGAAGAAAGCAUGGAGGAAAAGCUAGUAAACCAGCACAGGAAGAUCAAGCCAUACCUGCCUAUGACUUUCAGGAGGAAAGAAAAGAGCUGAGUGGAUCAGAGGAAGAUACUAGAAAAGGUGAAACACCAGUAAUGGACAAGCAUGGAAAGAAAAGACCUUUGGUGACUACUCAUGUGGUUCCAGAUGAUGUAGGGGGUGAAGUGCAGAAUAUGCUGGAAAGAUUUGGAGCGGACAUUAACAAGGCUCUCUUAGCUAAGAGGAAAAGAUUAGAAAUGUAUACAAAAGCCUCACUAAAAACCAGUAACCAGAAGAUUGAACAUGUUUGGAAAACACAGCAGGAGCAAAGGCAGAAUCUCAAUCAUGAAUUCUCCCAGCAGUUCCUGACUUUAUUUCAGCAAUGGGAUGUAGAUGUGCAGAAAGCAGAGGAGCAGGAAGAAAAACUAGCGAAUAUGCUUCGUCAGCAGCAAAAAGUUUUUCAACAGGCAAGAAUAGUACAAAGUCAGAGGCUGAAAACCAUUAAGCAGCUCUAUGAGCAGUUCUUAAAGAGCAUGGAAGAGCUGGAGAAGAGCAAUGAAAGUCAUCUAGCUGGUGUACAAAAUGAACUCCGCAAAGAAAUGACUAUGUUGCAGAAGAAGAUUAUGAUGGACACUCAACAGCAGGAGAUGGCAGCUGUUCGCAAGUCUCUUCAGUCCAUGUUAUUCUGAUGGCUCAAUGGAGAAACAACUUGUACCUAAGUAACAUGAUACAAGUAUAGGCAUUAGCCAUAGAGAAAUAUGUUAAUAUUUAAAUGUUUUAAAGUUUCUAUUAAAUGCUUUCCUGGAUUGUUCUAA